AUGCCGCUCUUUUUAAAAUCUGGACAGAACUGGCAGAAAAGACAGCACGCGGCCUACUACAUACCCGCGAGCUUCGGCCUGAAUGACAUAUUGCGGCUGGCCCCACCACAGAGUGCACAGGAGCAGGAAUUUGCACCCCUCUCCACCACACCAGACCCGCCAACAGCAAUGGAGAGGUGCUUGCAAAAACCACCACCAGGUAUGCCCAACGACACCCAGGAUAUCGGAGCCUUGCUCAAAAGACAGACCCCACACAAGAUGGUGGCUCAAGGGGAACUAGAGGUAUCUGCCGACCAUCAUAGACCAAAUGUCCCUCAGGUACAACCCUUAACACAAGGUCCGGAGCAGACAGCCCCAGGCUUCCCAGACCUCUCAGCUCUGGUCAUUAAGCAAGACAUCCAGAACCUCCUGUAUGACUUUAAGCAGAUGCUGACUGCUAAUAUCGUCAAGAUACAUGCUGGGGUACAGAUGGUCACUGACAGGGUCCGAACCACCGAGGAGGACAUACUGGACACAAG